AUGGAAAAGAAAAACAACAGCACCUGUGAGAAAAUCUUCAAAGCCAUUAAUAUCAGCCCUUCCUUCCGAACAAUUCGUCGCAUCUCACACAACCCUCAACAUCCAAUGCCUUCACCCAACCCUUCCAAGCCAGUAAAACCCCUCAAUACACCAAAAAACAGAGAUGGUGCAGAAGUUGUUUCCAUCAAGUAUGAUAAUUCAAGUCUUCCUGCUCAUCCGAAUGAGAAACUCAAGUCAAAAACACCACCUGCACCAAAAAAAGAAGCUCCAUCUCUAAUGAUUCCAGUUCAAAAGAAGCCUAACACACUUGUGCCAUUAUCAUCUCAGCAUGGUGAAGGACGCAAGACUGGUGCCAAAGAUGACAGAGUGAAAAGUAACAAAUGGGGAGAAAAUGCUGAAGAUAAAUUUAGUAAUUUCAUUUAUCAUGCGAAGAAGAAGAUUACAGCUACUAAUUCACAUGUUGGUGAACGAAAGAAUACUUCACAUGUUGGUGAACAAAAGAAUGACGAUCAUUUCUCGAAUUAUAUCGAUCGUGUUAAGCAUAAGAUAAGAAAGAUGUCAAGCUUCGUUGGUGGAAGCAGUGGCUCCGUGAAGGACGCGGAGGUUCUUAAGACGGUUACGCGAGUCGAUCAGCUCAAGGAGUUGGCACAAUUACUUGACAUUGAAAGUAAAGUUUUGCCACUCAUUGUUACGGUUUGCGGAAGGGUUGGCUCUGAGACACCUAUUAGCUGCGAGUAUAGCGGGUUGAGAGGUGUCAUAGUGGAGGAAACGGCUGAACAACACUUUCUGAAACACAAUGAUGCUGGGUCUUGGAUACAAGAUUCUGCAUUGAUGCUAUCAAUGAGUAAAGAGGUUCCUUGGUACCUCGAGGACGGGACUGGUCGUUUAUUUGUAGUGGGAGCCCGAAGUGCCACAGGUUUUGUAUUAACUGUUGGAAGUGAAGUGUUUGAAGAAUCUGGACGAUCACUUGUACGUGGAACAUUAGACUAUCUCCAAGGCCUCAAGAUGCUCGGAGUCAAGCGUAUUGAACGGCUACUUCCAACUGGUACUUCCUUGACUGUGGUUGGAGAGGCAGUGAAAGACGAUAUUGGAACAGUUCGUAUACAACGGCCACACAAAGGCCCUUUCUAUGUUUCUCCAAAAACUAUUGAUGAGCUCAUUGCAAACCUUGGGAAAUGGGCAAGGUGGUAUAAGUAUGCAUCUGCAGGUUUGACAGUGUUUGGCGUUUUUCUGAUCGCUAAGCGUUCUAUCCAAUAUAUCUUGGAAAGAAAGCGCCGCUGGGAAUUUCAGAGAAGGGUUCUUGCUGCUGCAACUAAGAGAUCAGGAGACAGUGAAGCUUCAAAUGGAACAUCUGAGAAUGGAUCAGAUGGUACUAAGAGAGACCGUGUGAUGCCAGAUAUAGUGUGUAUAUGCCUUGAGCAUGAGUACAAUGCUGUUUUUGUCCCGUGUGGUCAUAUUUGUUGUACAGCAUGCUCCUCACACUUAACCAGCUGUCCUCUAUGCCGGAGACGAAUUGAACAGGUGGUGAAGACAUCCGCCAUUGAAGUUACGGCUCUAUGA